CCAUUCGGGAGCAUAGUGGGUUUUUUCUAAGUAAGCCCCGCCCCCGGACUCCUCCUUGCUGUGCUUGCCCUAGGUUAGGCUCUGUCUGCCUGUCCGCAUUGUAACCACACGUUAUCUUGCUCUCUGUGCCCACACAGCCAUCGCUCAGCCGACAGCAUGGUCCGACACGUCGAGAGCCUGGUAAGUCCAUCUCUGCUGGGUGCAGACUCUGUCUGUGGGAAUGAGGCCUGCAUUGACAUGUAUAGAGAUUAUUUUGUUUGUGUUUAUUCUGUGUGUUUAACAAUGUCUUACUAUACAUUGCAGCAAUGCAACACAUCCCUAAGAGAAACGUGCUCACAAGUAUUAUUGUUUGAUACAAGACAUUUGUUAUAAUAAAGUUUAUACCUAGAGCUGCCUUACAUCUCGACAAGAACAUUCUAAACAGAAAGGGAGGAAUAACUAACUGUUCUUUUCAUGUUAGAUAAGUGUGUGUGUGUUAUAUAAUUUUUGACUUUCAUUAUUAUUAUUAUUAUUAUUUCUUGCCUCUAUAUGUUCCAAAUACAAGGAAGGUUGGCGAAUCAGCCAGACUGACUAAUACCUUGUUGCACAAGUUUGAAGUGUCCAGUAAUUUAAUUUGUUUUACAAAUAAUUCCAUAUUUUAUGAAGCAGUCUGAAUCUCUGCCGAUAGGGAACUAAUGGACAUGCUCAGAGUGCCAGUGUGUAUAAUUUAAAGGCGUUGUAUUGUCAGAUUAUGGGCAAAACCAUUCAAUGUGACAAGAUGUCCAAAGGUUUCUAGAAGAGGCCUUGUUUAAGUAACAGUAUUUAAAUGCAGGGCCUAUUGCCGACAUUCCUUGUGACAUGUUAAACAUCUGACUGAUGAUGUAAAGCUUUCUGAUUGGAUAAAAAAAAUCUUACUUGUGUUCUCUGGAAAUCUUAAAGGUGAUUUCUUUCCAGCCUGGAAUGACCCUUUAAGAAAAUCAAUUGUGUUAACUAUUGAUCCUCUGUCUUCUGCAAUGAAAUCUUUACUGAACAAAAUAUUUGCUAUACUAUGUUUCUUUUUCUAACACAGUGAAAAUUAUAUUUCCAGCCAAAUGCUUCUAGUAUCCUACUCUUGUUUUUAAAAAUAAAAGAAAUACACCAUCAUCAUCACUUUGUUUUGUAAAUAGUAAUGAUUUCUGAAGUUGUACUGGUUUUUGAGUACCCCUAGACAGCAUCAGAAUUAAACCUAAGGAUCAAGUAUCCCCGGUUGAGGAACAGUUUUGCAUGUAUUAUGUCACGUAAAUACAUAUUUAUUAUGGGAAGCUUGCAACAGCAAACAGACUGGUGCCUCCUUGUUUGCAUAGUGCCUGAGAGCAGGUGUGUGUAUAGCAUGACAUUUAAAUGUAUUCAAAAUGUAUGCUUAGUUUCUGUGGUUAAAUCAGCACUGAUCUGUUUUUUUUUUUUUUCAUAAAGGUAGAAUAUUUGUGACAAACUUGUGUAUUUAUAAAUAUAAUGUAUACAUGUUGCAUUUAUAUACAUACAGAUCCGCAAUCCUGUUAAGUCAGAUAUACCCAGGGCACGCAUUGUAUUGAAGAAGAAAACACCAGAACAAUUGGGUGGAGAUUUAUCAAACUGCCUUGAUCAGAUAAGUGGGAACGCAUUGGAAGGAGGCACAUUCCAAUGGCGAUUACUACACUUUUGUAGUUUGAUCCACUUUUUUAAAAAAAACAAUACCUUGAUAAAUCUUCAUCACUGUUUCUGUUUCUUGUACUUUAUGCAGAUUUUCUGAUGCAAAGUGCAGGGCUUAUAGCAAUGAUUAAAAGUUGACCAAGCUGUGGAUGAACUCUAUUACAGGAUAGCUAGACAUAGCAUUGUGGAUUUCUACACUUCUUUUUCAGGCCUCGCAAACACAUUUGUUAAAUAUAAAGAAUUGGCGAAUAUAAUGUUAAAUACUCAGAAGUAACUGUUCCUCUUAAAAUAAGAACUGUCACUUCUGUAUCAUUUUCAAAAUCAAAUUUUUGUAAUGCACUGUUUGAUAGAACAGCCUGGAAUUUGGACAUGUUAAAAAUGUGCCGUGACUUCCUGUGCAAAGUUAUGUGUAGGGAAAUGAUGGCAAGACAAUGCCACACAUGUUUGUUUGCAGCACACAAAUUGGGAAUAUUAGAAAUGCAAAACCGGUUGUUGUUUUUUUGGUUGGUAAGUGUGGUGAGCCAUUGUAUUGGUUUCCAUGGUGACAGGGCCUUAUUUGCUUCUUUGCCCCAGAAUAGCACAGUGUUUUCCCUUGAUAAGUCCACCUACAUGUUUUACCUUCAUUUGUGUAAAAGUAAUGAUGGCUGGCAGUGCCCUAGAACACCUGUUUCUAUUUCAAAAUGCCUGUGCAAUCGACUUGAAAUCCUAUCUAAACAAACUUUUAACUACAUACCCUGUACAAAGGUGAGUAAAAUUUAACACAAAAAGCUGACCAUUAGUUUAAAAACGUCAGAAAAAUAUUGAACAGAAUACCUGCUAAAUGUAAGCAGAUCUGCUGAGUCACUAUGAAUGGCCAUCUAGUAGGCUGUGGUUACAUAAUCCUAACAAAUCACCUGUCUUUAAAUCACAUGUUUUAUGUUCUCUUUUAAAAGGAAAAAUCAUAAUGUUUAAAACACACACAUUAUUUACAAUGUUUACGCAGCUUUUAAUGUCUGUAGAAAUUACUAGAAUAAUUGCAAUCUCCACCUGUCGUUCUUAAAUACCAUAUUCCCUAACAACUCAUUCUCCCAGUUUAUCCUUUGGGUGUAUUCUUAUAGACAAAAUGCUGCAGGGCGUUGUCAGUGCCGUUAAACUCCCAGCAUAGACGCAUAUGAAUGGUCUGGAAAGCCACAAUAUGCAAAUAGUUGCAGCCUAAAAGCACUCAGGAGAUUGCAGGUUGUACCAAAAGCAUUUGAGUAAUGCCUCUAGCCAAAUCCUCCAGAUUAGCAAAGUUUUGCUGUGACUUUAGUCCAUGUUUACCAAAAUCCUGCAUUUAUGACCGUAAACAUUGGAGAUUUUUUUUUUUCCCCUAGAUGAGCAAUUGACCUAAAUCUUGAAAUUAUGUUGUCAAUUCACUAUAACAAAUUAUAGUUAAAUCUCAGUCAAUUAAAAUAGUGAAAAUAUUAUUUCCUGUAUUUAACUUACCCCUCUACGGUGCUUAGACCUGUUUUAAUAUUUUUAUAAAGAGCUAAGUUUUUCAUUCCAAAGUAGGAUUUCAAAUGUCUAUUUUCCCUUUCAUGUUUGCAUAGUUAUAACUGAUAAUUUUACUUUAGUGUGUCAACUAUCUUCAGAACAAUAAGGUGGCAUCUAUGAACAAAUUAAGGUGUGUUUUUUUUUUUUUUUCUCUGAGAGAGGUGUUGCAUGCCCUCAGGUAGUGCAUGCUAAUUGGCGAAUCCCAUCAAGGUUCCCUUCAGGUAGCUAUAAUAUUACUAUGCGUGCUGGUGAUAUCCACAGCGAGACCUGGAGGUUAUGUGAUCCUGUGUUGCAAUGGGUGGAACUGGUAUUGUGAUGUUUGACAACAUCCUGUGUCAUACGUCAUUUAAGGGCAGGGGUGUAAGUAGUUAGUUGCAGAAGUCAUCAGUCUCUUAAUCAAUACAGGCAUUACCCCGCUUUACAAAAACUCACUUUAAGUACACUCGCGAGUGCAGACAUUCCCGCACCUCUUCUGUCUGCAAGUGAACAGGAAAUGGAAGAUUCUCUUCUUGCCCGGAACAGCUCAGUUCAGUGUCUUUGGGGCAACAACUUUUCAUAUCUUCUGACAUGGCACAUGUUAAUCAUCUCAAAUUUAUAAUGUCUACUCCUAGCUGAAUAUAUUAUAUAAAAAUUUCUGCCACUACAUUGUCCAUAUCCUGCAAUCGGUGCCAUCCAGUGGAAGGGUUUACCCUGCCAUUUUCUAGAACUAUGAAUUAGCAGCUUAGCUGCAUUAGCCACAAUUCUGAGGAUUCAAAGUUAAGUGAUGAGGUGUUUUCUAAACAGUGUGCAACUAAGCUGCUAAUAAAUACAAAUUUGGCACUGUAUUGACAGAAAAUGGCCCAGUGGGCAGGUUUAUUUUGCUCUUCCUCCCAGUUUAAGGUUGUCUGAUGAGUAAAAAAUUAAAGGACCACUAUAGUGCCAGGAAAACAUACUCGUUUUCCUGGCACUAUAGUGCCCUGAAGGUGCCUCCACCCUCAGGAACCCCCUACCGCCGGGCUGGAUGGCGAGGAAAGGGGUUAAACUUACCUUUAUUCCAGUGCCGGACGGGGAGCUCUCCUCCUCCCUUCCGAUCCUCCUCUUCGGCUGAAUGCGCAUGAGCGGCAGGAGCUGCGCGCGCAUUCAGCCGGUUUCAUAGGAAAGCAUUUAAAAUGCUUUCCUAUGGACGCUGGCGUCUUCUCAUUGAGAUUUUCACAGUGAGAAGCACGCAAACGCCUCUAGCGGCUGUCAAUGAGACAGCCACUAGAGGCUUUAGAGGCUGGAUCAACCUAUUUAUAAACAGCAUUUUCUCUGAAACUAUGUUUAUAAAAAAAAAAAAGGGGUUAAUCCUAGAGGGACCUGACACCCAGACCACUUCAUUAAGCUGAAGUGGUCUGGGUGCCUAGAGUGGUCCUUUAAAGCUUAAUGAAGUGGUCUGGGUGCCUGGUCCAGCUAGGGUUAACCCAUUUUUUCAUAAACAUAGCAGUUUUCAAGCCAGCCUCCAAAUCCUCUAGUGGCUGUCUCAUUGAUUUUUCAGUGAGAGCACGCAAGCGUCCAUAGGAAAGCAUUGUAAAUGCUUUCCUAUGCGACGGGCUGAAUGCGCGCGCAGCUCUUGCCGCGCGUGCGCAUUCAGCCCAGGAGGAGGAUCGGAGGCGGAGAGAAGGAGGAGAGCUCUCCGCCCAGCGCUGGAAAAAGGUAAGUUUUUACCCCUUUCCCCCUUCCAGAGCCGGGCGGGAGGGGGACCCUGUGGGUGGGGGCACCUUCAGGGCACUAUAGUGCCAGGAAAACAAGUGUUUUCCUGGCACUAUAGUGGUCCUUUAAAAAUAAAUGGUACAAUCUGGAAUGAGAGGUGUGGGUUUUUUUUUUGUUUACACUGAAUAAAAGCCCACUGGAAAUCACUAAAUAAACCACUGUAAAUAAAAUUACUAGAAAUCUGCAGUUGCAAUAUCAGUUAUGCCUGUGAAUUACUAUUGCAAUGCAGUACAUGCAUUGGGAAGUGAAAAAAGGUAUUGCUUCAUUUUAAGUACACUUUCAUUUUACAUACAUCCUCUGGUCCCAUUGUGUACCUAAAAGUGAGGUAUGCUUGUAUAUCUGAUGGCAGUGCCCAUGGCCAGGUGCUUUCACAUACCUGAUCUAGCAUGUAAAAUUUAAAGUUGAAAAAAUAAUUUUUAGAUUGUCUAGUCAUUUUCUGAUCCCAUUGAAAUAACAAGCACUGUUAUUUAACCCCUUAAGGACCAAACUUCUGGAAUAAAAGGGAAUCAUGACAUGUCACACAUGUCAUGUGUCCUUAAGGGGUUAAUGUGGACCAUUACUGAUUUACACUUUUUUUUUGGAUAGAAAUUGUAAGGCCUGAUCUACUUAUGUUGAUCACGCCAAGAGGGCAGCAGAUGGAGAGAAAUGCUUAUCUAAAGCUGUUGAUUCUUAGUACUGAUGUUUUUCAUUUCCUAAAUUCUCAAGGGACUAAUUUCUCACAGAAAGCUACAGGGCAGAUCCUGAUUCACCACAUAAGUGGAAGUAACAGGAUUUGGUUCAUUUUAUUUCUUUUUAAGGGGAGCCUGUAGUUCUAAAUAUAAUAGUUAUUUUAGAACUCUUUCUCUCUUCUAUAUGCAUAUAUUUAAAAUCCUACGCUACCAGCCAGACCCUAAAAGUUAUUAGCCAUUGCAAGACUGUAGGGGCUAUGGCACCCUCAUCAGGGGGUGAAUUUGGACUUGCCACGGAUAUAUUUCACUCGCUAGAAGAAAGUGUAAAAUAAAAAAUAAAAAGUUUAUAUGUAUUUAUGUGUACAUGUAUUUAUGUGUACAUAUAUGUAUGUGUAUAUAUACCUUUUUAUAUCUACAUCAUAUAUGCAUACAUGUACACUUUUUUUGUGUGUGGAGGGGAGUCAAAGGCAAUGAAAACCAAUAUGUCAAUUUGGCUAGGAGUAUGCAUAUCCUUCGGUUAGGGCUUCAAGCAAAUAUACAAAUUGAUAAGCUACUCCUAAAGGUGGAUAAAACUAAACCAUGAUCCAGACAAAAGUUGUGAACCCCUGUUUUACAUUUAAUCAAUUAGCAACUCCUUCAGCAUAUAAAGGAUUUAAAUUUUUAAUAAUCAAGUUGCAAACUUCACUCAAGCAGUUAGAUCCACACUUUGUAGGCUCAGUUUAAAUGUAUACAUUGAAGCAAAUAUAUCUUACUGAAACAAUUUCCUAUAUACAUUGUAUAUAUUAUACUUAUAAGCUUUAAUGGCAAAACAAAAAUGGAACUUUAGACAGCUGUUAUUUGUUUUAAAUAUUAACAAAAAGCUUAUCUGUGAGUCAUUUCUUGCAACACUGUAAUCAGGGUUCCGUUUAAAAGUAAAUUGCUUAAUGUUUAGUGAUGACACGGCACGGGCCUUUUUUAAUAGUAGUAGCUGUACAUUUUAUUUUUUUUUGGUUUUGUGCAGUAUUUUAAAUCUUAUACAGUGCAAUACAUCUGUGUGUCAGUCCUGCCGCUGAAUUACAGGGAAAUUAACGCUUUUAUUAGUACUAUUAGUAUAAGUACUGGGUGAAAGGGAGAGCAAGAAUCUCCCCAACACCCAAAUAUAUUAUAAAUCAGUAUAUUUAUAACCCUGAUAAGUUCCUUUAAAAAGUAUGACCACUGCGAUUGGCUUAAGGAGGAUUGAUUACUCUGUAAUGUGGAUAUAGCUAUAUUGCUGUUGGGAGGCUUUUAUAUCUGAAACUGACAAGUGUCCUUAAUUCAAUACAGUGCAAAGGGGAGGAUGUGUUUGCUAAUUCGGGCUUGAUAAGAGGCGGUGGUAUUAUAUCUCGGCACAUUUAGAAAAUGUGAAGCACUCCGUUCAUUAGGUGGGCUUUCAUCCAACCAGUAGACAAAGGAGCACUCAGGGCACCAUAAACAAACAGUCCACUGUUUGUGAAUGGUUUGACAACUUACUUGGGGUCCACUGGAUACAAGUCACUUCUCCCCGUAGGUCCGAAAACUACUGCAAGGAGCUUCUACUAGUUAAACUAAGCGAAGCCCUACAGGGCAGUGAUAUAGUGGUUAUGGUGCUCUAACUUGUUCCUUUAAUGAAGGGGUGAAGCUAUUAUGUUUUAAUAAUUGGUGAUUUACUGGACAUAUUGUGGUGAAAGUCAGUGUAAUGUAGUCAUUACACUGGGAUAAACGAGAAAUCAUGAUUCCACCUUUAACAUGCAUACAUAGGCAGUCCACAAGAAACAAAUAUUUAUUCUAAGCUGAGAAAGGAGUAUAGUAAUCAUUGUGCAUUCAAAUGUAUUUUGACUCUGUGGUCAUCAUGACAAAAAAUACAUUCAUGCUGUAAGGAUGUACAAAAAGUGUGUCUGCUCUUUUUAGGAUGAAUUCAAGGCUUGUCUCGCAGAGGCUGGUGGAAAGCUUGUAGUUGUUGAUUUCACUGCAACCUGGUGUGGACCCUGCAAAAUGAUUGCCCCUUUCUUUGAAGUAAGUUUAAAAAUAAAUAAUAAUCUUGAUAAAGGAUUUUUAUUGUGUAUUUUUACAAUUCAAAAGCAACUGGAGUGUAUGUGUUCAUUAAAUGCAUGCAAAUAUAAUGACUAUAUUGUCUGCACCGUGUGUGUGUGUAUAUAGAUUAUAAGCAGACUCAUUUCAUUCUUAAAUACUUAGUCCUCAGUUCAUUACUCUUUAAUUUUCAUAUAGCCAACUAUCCUAUGAAUUGCACUAAAUCAGCGGUUCCAACUCCAGUACUGACAUUUGUAAAUUUUAGACUGUUAGUGAUUCUUGAGCACUGAGUCGAGUAACCCUGUCCUAAAGGUUGCAGUUGCUUGCUCUAUAUCAAGUGCUUCUCUGCAUUAAGCAUUGGAUUGGCAGUUAACAUCAAUUUCUGUGCGUACCUCAUAUACUCAAUGCUGCUUUGAGGUAGAAAAUCUAGGCUGGUCAGAUUGUGAUCAGUGAAGGUUGUGUACCUUUUGAAUUAGAAUCUCCGUAAUCUUUUGCUCACAUUUUACCGAUGUAGCACAUAGGUUUUUUUUUUUUUUUUUUUGAGCUGUUGAUAAAAUAUAACUUUUAUACUUGAACAAAAAAAGCGGAGAUGUAUGUAUGUAUGUAUGUAUGUGUGUGUGUAUGUAUAUAUAUAUAUAUAUAUAUAUAUAUAUAAUCUUUUUCUUUCAUUACACAAAUCAAGGGGGAAAUGCUGUGUUCAUUUAAUCACCCCUCCAUCUUCUCUGUUUAUCACACAUCUAAUGAUACACAAGAGGCUAAUGCACAUCUAUCUACUGAUGUGCAUGAUUUUUCUUUUGUUUGUGUUACAAAAUAUGGUAGGCAUUCUUUUAGACAUCCAUAUUUUAAUGCCAGUGCUUGAAGUUAGGGUCCCUGUUAAACUGCACCACAUUAAUAGAUUACCGCAAGUAGAGAUGCUCAGCACAUAAUACAGAUAGGUAAUUUGUUUGGCCAUCUAGGUAAAAGGGCAAUGUCUCCAAACAUAUAGACCUUCUUUGUGCAUAUUAAGUAAAGGUUCAGCCUUUUUUUUAAUUCUUCCUCUCUUUUUGGUUUAUUGAUAAAUGAUUUGACCCUUCUGGUCUUUGAUAACUUGUUUGCUCUACAAAAAUGUUUUAUUCAGAGAGUGCAUAGUUUCACAAUAGCCAAUAAAAACACCAAAAUUGAUCAUACUUAAUUCUUUUUUUUUUUUUUUCUCUAGAAACUGAGCCAGCAAUAUCCAAAUGUUGUAUUUCUUAAAGUGGACGUGGAUGAUGCACAGGUAAAAUAUAUAUAUAUAUAUAUUUUUUUUUAAUACUUCUACAUUAAGUAUGUACUUUGAACCUCGCUCUGCUUCCUGAAGACAAGAAUGAACAUACGGUUUCUUUAAAAAAAAUCUUUUCAAGGCUUGUAAUAUAUAAAUUUAUUUACCAAGUUAAUAAUUUAAAGGAUCCUUUUACCAACAUCAAAAUGGUUUGUAUUAUUAAACAAAUUUUAGUAGUAGUGGGAGUCAGCAUAAAAUUGAAUUAUGAUUUCAAAAGAGACAAGCUGUGACUGUAACAGAAUUUGGGAAUGUUUUUUUUUUUUUUUUUCUAAACUUGCUUAUUUGCAUAGAUUCUAUGGUGUCUAAAGUAUCAGACAGGAUUCUCAUUUCCAGGUUGCUUGGAGUUUGGCUGGACAUGAACACAUAACUGUGUAGAACUCUCUGUUCUACCUAGUUAUGCUGGUGGCUGCACCCAGUCUGGCAGACUAAACCAUGAACCAAUUGUGUAAUCUCAUAUAAGAUCAGUGAAUAUGCAGGUUUUGUGCAAAAAAUGCAAAAGAAAAACCCAACAAAUAUGAACACUAACUUUGACCUGGGUUUGUGACUAAGUGGCUACUAAAUUAGACUGGACAUACCCCAUGUUGAAUACUCUGGAUUGUCUACUUUUGCAAAUGUUAUCCCAUGAUGGCGUUAAUUUUCAUUCCUUAGCUGCCAUACAGCCUCAAACACAAUAUAGGACCAACAAAUCAAUCUGGCAAAUUUCAAUGUGUUAAAACUGAAAUGGGCAAGCCCCAUAUUUGAAACUGUAACUUUCAAAAACACUAUGAAACCUGUACAUGGGGAUGGGGGGGCAUUAUUGUACUUGUGGCAAAUCAUAACAUACACAUGUGUGCUUUAUUGCAGUUAAAGUAAACAGUAUUCUGGCAUUAAUAGUUAAAAUGCAAUGCAGAACUAAUCUGUGGACUACUUUUCCUUAUGUAUAGUAGUCAAGUUGACAAAUAUUGACAAUUGGCGAAACUUAAGCACAGUUUUGUUUGUUUCUAAUCCAAUUUAACCACAAUCAAUCAAGAGGAGAUGGGAAGAUUAGUAAACUAUAUCAAAUGUUCUGGGCAGAUUUGAGACUGAAUAUAAUACAAUUUAUUGCAACAUUAUAUUCUGUCUCAAAAUACCUGCUGAGUAAGUCUUUUGCAUAUGCAGGUUUUGAUGUGAAAGUAAAUGGAGAAGGAUGGAAAGCACUUACAUAAAACAUUGUUUUAGUUGAUUUAUUGUUAUACUCUUGUUUUGCUCAGGGUAUUUUUUUUUUUUUUUAAUUUCUAGAAUACAUUAUGCAGUUAGAGCUGAUUGUUCUGAUCAUUUGCAUACAUGAUAAAUCUCAUUCAGCUGUGUUGUGGUGAACAAUACAAAAGAAAGUAAAACUUGGGCAUAAAAUACCUGGAUGCACUUUGCUUAAGGGAACACUAUAGUCACCAGAACAACUACGGCUUAAUGUAGUUGUUCUGGUGUCUACUGCCUGUCCCUGCAGGUUUUUUGCCUAGGAACACCUCUACUGACAGUCACUUAGAUGGCCAUUAGAGGUGUUUCCUGGGUCAGCACUGAUGUUCAGUGUCUCCAUGCUCUGCAAUGUUCUUCAUGGAGAUGCAUUGAUACUGAUACAUACCCCCUUCUCUUGGAAGUGAUGAUAAAUUUACCUUUCCUGUUAUUCAUUCAAAUUUAUUUUUAGAGUGCCAAAUUACCAUAAUCUUUUCAAUGACAAUUGAAUAACACUGGGUACUGAUCCUAUGUCAUAUUGGCCAAGCAGAGUCAAAUCCUACUUCCCCAUGUAAAUACUUUUGAAAAGUGAAACUUCCUCAAAAUACUCACCCGUUAAACUGAUUGAUAGGGAAAAAAGAAAGGAGCAGAUGGACUCAUGGGCAUUUUGCACAGUAACCACCACUACAAUUAGGUGUAAAAGAAUAUGGUGGUUGGAGUAUCCCUUUUAACUCCUUUUUCGCAAAAUAUACAUAUAUGGUUGUUGAAAUUUAUGUUCCAUAAUCCUGUGUGGGUAACUUGUGAAUGUAUCCCCUAACCCCUUCCUGUAAACUUUAUCUGGCAGGUGUGGAUAGUCCACUGUACUUAAAGGGAAACUAUAGUGCCAGCACUAUAGCUCCUCCCUCACACCUCUUCUCCCACUCAUCCAGAUGGGGCACUACAUAUCGCAUUUGUUAAACAGCCAUUAGAGCUGGAGUUAACACACACAGCCAAUUAUUGCAGUUUCUUAAGGGAUCUGGGAAUAUGCACCCAGACCACUUUAAUCCAGUUUUAAUGAACAGUUUUAAAGGACCACUGUAGUGUCAGGAAAACAAACUCGUUUUCCUGGCACUAUAUAAUCCUUAGUGCACCCCCCCAACCUCAGGGCCCCGCUCCCGCUGGGCUGAAGGGGUUAAAACCCCUUCAGCCAUUUACCUUAAUCCAGGGCCGGGCUCCCGAGUGGAGCCGAAUGCACAUGCGUGGCCAGAGCCGCUCGCGCAUUAAAAACUCCUAUAGAAAAGAAUUUCUCAAUGCUUUCCUAUGGACAGCGUCGCGGAAGCACCUUUAGCGGCUGUCAGGGAGACCGCCACUAGAGGCUGGAUUAACCCAGCACUCUAAACAUGGCAGUUUCUCUGAAACUGCUAUGUUUACAUCUGAAGGGUUAAAACCUGGGGGACCUGGCACCCAGAUACCUUCAUUGAGCUGAAGUGGUCUGGGUGACUAUAGUGGUCCUGAUUUUUAAUUUUGUUAAAGCCCAGUUAUGUUGUAUCACUAAGUAAGUUAGUUUUUAAGGAAAACAGUUCUUUGGAUGGGUCAGUAACUAUUUUGUAAAAAAACCUUAAUAUUUACAUUUACUCUAAAAUUGCUUUACGCACUACUGAAAUAACGGUAUUUUUCUUGAAAGUCUUGUAAUCAGGAAGAGUAACAUUGCCCAAUUUUUAUACCCCCAUGUUGCAUGCCUUUCCUAAUUUCCUGAUGCUUGUUUUUUCUAAAACCAAUAAAACCACUUUAGUUAUUUUUGUUUGUUGCAAAAUGCCACUCUUGGCAGUCCCAGCUAAUUUCAGCAAAGGUUUUUUUUUUUUUUACCCAUUUUAAUGUAUAUAUUUAGAGUAUUUUAACUGAAAGUCCUUGAGAGCAAUCUCCAAGUGAGUGGCAAUUGUUGUUAUGCUGUAUUUCAACAUUGGUUAACUUCAGCAGUAAUAUCUAGAAUCAUGAAUCAUUUAGACAUGGUAAUAAGUUGUUUCUUUUAGCACUACAUUCCUGGUAUAGUAAAGAUCUGUAAGGUAAUUUGCAAAAUUAAUUUUAAUUCAAGUGAUCUUCUAUGUGGGCAGUGGGUAACAUGACAGAAUUUGGUAGCACUAUAUACCUCAUCCAUAUCUUUGCAUUUUUUUUCCUGUAAAAAAAUAAAUAAUCACAAUUGCUUUUCUUUUUAAAUAGUGGAUUUAUUUGUCUUCCUCUUUCAGGAUGUGGCUGCUCAUUGUGAUAUCAAAUGUAUGCCAACUUUCCAUUUCUACAAAAACAAUGAAAAGGUAUGCAGCUUAUUUAUUUAGUUUUGUAAUGUUGUUUUUUAUUUUAUUUUUUUUACUUGUUUUAUAUAGGCACUAUUUGGCCUUUGCUGUUCAGAGUUUAGGUUUAUGUGUAGUUUUUUUUUUUUUUUCAAAACAGUUAUGAGAUGGCACUCACUCCUAAAUACAAUAAUUCCACAAGCAUGGCUGCUUAAAUAUCAGCAAUAUAUAAUUCAACAAAGUAAAAAAAAUAAAAAAUAUUGACACUAACCGGUCACAAAAAAACGAACAAUGUUUUUUAUUCAAUUACAAGUAGUAGGAGGUUAGUCAAGGUUCAAGACCAAUGCCUACCAAAACAUUAAGUAAAUAUAUACCAGGCAAAACAUUAACCCCUUAAGGACCAAACUUCUGGAAUAAAAGGGAAUCAUGACAUGUCAUACAUGUCAUGUGUCCUUAAGGGGUUAAAACCAAAUUGAUUGCUGACUUACUCUAUAACUCUGUGUGUACCACAUGCCAAAAAAACAGGAACGGGAACCAGAAUUGCAUUCAUGUGUGUUCCUGAAUGUUUUCCCCCAUUAAACAAUGUGGAAGUGUUCUGCAUGAAAACAAUAGAACUAUAUUAUCAACAAAAUAUAUAAUGCAUCCCAUAAACAAAAGCAUAAUUUAAUGUGCCCUCAUAAGUCCAUGGUAAUAUGGGUUCUAAAGCUGAAUAGAACAAAUUUAAAGGCAAACCAAUGAAUCCAUUACAGUUUUAUUAAACAAAAGUACGAAAGCUAUUAUCACAGACUGAACCAUUUUCUUAAUGUAUAUUCAGAAUAAACGUAUCAUAAAUUACUAUCAAGGUCAUUUACCAAAGUGAGAACUCCACUUGUUUUGGAGUUGGGUUUGGGAUUCACCUUAUUUAGAAAAAACGCUAAAUUAGAGAAUUUUUCAAUCUCAUUUUUUCUGGCCUUAAACCUUUAACUUUACUCAACAACCCUGUUUAUCUUACAACACUCACAAAUUGGAUCUCAUAUUCAGUUUGACGGACCGCUUGACACCCAAACUGUGUAUCUCUGUCAAUCGCUGAUUCCUAGUACUUGCGAGCACCAUAAGCACUGCACUGAAACACCAUAAACCACACAAAGCGCUGCAGCUUGGUUGGGGUCUCUCUGUCUUCCACCCAUCCUGGACUCAAGACCAGGAUCCAGCUUGCAGUGGGUAGACCUCUCCUAGUCCAGAGAGCGAAGCAGGCUGCUCAUAUAAGAGCAAGUGUUGUGAUCCAAGGGAGAAUAGUGAUUAUAGCAAGCCACAGAGUGUGAAUAUAGCUCUCCAAUCCCCCAAACUUGAACCCAGACUUCAUGAAGGGUAAAACAAAUCUCGUUUAAUGGUAUCCACAACUGACCUUUUAUGAAAAUCCCCAUGCAAGGGGAACUCCACCCUGGACCUGACCGUAAACCACAGUAGAAACAAAUACACAAUCACAUGGCUCUCAUACAAAAAGGACACUCCCAUACAAAAUAGGUCAAUCCCUCCCCUAUGCCUGGGAGAUACUUGAGUCAAGCAUUAGACUAAACUCCAUUAUCUCCAAACACAAAUUUUUACAAACACCCCAAAAGUACCUUAAAACACACAGAAUCCCCACAAAGGUUACAUCCCCUGAUAGCCAUGAUCUGGGUGACCAACAUAUCCAAAAAUCACCUAGAUCAGUUCAGGGGUUCAGGAAUUUCCUGGAAGUCAUAAUUUGACUGACCGACUGCAUGGUCCCAUGCCCAAAACUAUUCCAGAGAAUCAGGGCUUGCGGUCGGUCUAGUUCAGUAGUUUAAAAACGAAGAAAUUACCGAACAGAGUCAAUCAUCUUACCCUGGAGCUUGAUCCUCUUGUUCAUGGGAACGUUUCCACCGAACAGCGAUUUACUAAGUGAUGUGGAACCGAACGCAGGCAAUGCUGGAAGUCCAGCAGUGUUAAGGAGUUUCUGUGUCCGUUUUCAGUUCCAUGAGAUUCAUGUCCAAACACCGCUGCCUGCGUUCAUGCGAACAAGAUGGCCGCCACCUCGUGGUCGUCCAUAGGAAUUGCGGCCACCCAGACGAACACUUAGAACACUGUGGUGGAAAUUGCUACAAGGUAGCAAUUAGGCUUAACAAGCGCCAGGGUGGUCUCUGGUCCAUGCGGCUGUUCGGUUCCCGAACCAAGUCUGUUUACAUAUAAAAAAAAUAAAAAAUUUAAAGGGCCCAUAGUCUUUUGGUAAGAUGCUGGCCAACAGGCCCCUCCAAAAACACGUGACGAGGCUCACUUCGUCACAUUCAGCUACUUCGCAACCUGCAAAAAAAAGAACAAAAUAAAACAAAUCGUGUGUGUGUGUGUAUUUAUAUAAUAUCUCUAUCUACACAUACUGCAACAUGUAUAUUAUUGCCUCAACUCUAAUGAAUUGAUAUUGCCAGUCUCUAAACCUGGAAAAAUAUAAUGUAAUUUGUCAAAGCAGCAUUCACCUCUGUGUUUUGCUCUUUUAUGCCCACGCACCACAACCACUACAGCUCACUGUAGUAGUCAUGGUGUGAAGAGCAUCACACAACACACCAUUGAAAGUUCUCAAACAGUUUGACUUCUUACCUGGGAUCAGUCAUGUGGCACUUCCUACCUCCACUACAGUCGCAGAUUGCCAGGCAAUAGAAUAAGCUGCAAUAUCUUGGCUAAAAGCUCUCAGGUAAUGGAGGUGGGAAAUGGUGCACUGCGGACCACAAGAAAGAAGUCAAACCUCUCAAACUAGACUCCUUACAAUAAUGGGAAGGAGGGGCAAGGGCACUCCUGGCACCAUAACCACUACAGCAAUUGCUGCAAGGUUGUUCCUUUAAACACCCAGUAGAGUAAAGUGCUUGGUACACCUGUUUUUCAUUAUAGCCUAUUUUAUCAAAACAGAAAUGCUAAUUGUUCCAAUUUAAUUAACUCCUUUGUAACCAAAGACGUAUUGUGUAAUGCUUACUUACUUUUGCACUUAAUGAACAACAACAAUGUAAACUGCCAAAGCAAAUGGAUGCCCUCUGUCCUAGGUCAACUGGCAGCUGACCCUCAGAAUAUAACUAUCGUAGCAUGUUUGGCAAUAUUUCUGCAUGUUUCGAUCAUGAGACCUCCAGAAUGCCUGACGCAGCUGGUAUUGGAUCACUGUGACAAGCUGCAGGUAUUCUUUGUACGCUAUACAGAUGAGAUCAGCGUGCACACAGCUUUUCAGUAAAAAAAACAAAAAAAAAACCUGUAAGAAGGCUAAAGAUAGUGGGAGUUUAUGUAUCCCUAGUAUUCUGCUAGUCCAACUUCCAUCAUCUCUGUGAAGACAAAUUGUUCCUAUGUAUUAUUUUUAUGUAUUUAAUAAUCUACCUCCAUUCACUGCUUUUGGCUUUGCAAGUUGCAAUAUUUUGUAUUUGGGCUAUCAUUUUUUUAUUUUUUUAUUUUUUUUUUUUGCAGGUACACGAGUUUAGUGGAGCUAACCAGGCAAGCCUAGAGCAGAAGGUGAAAGAAUUGAGUUAAAUGGAAGAAAAUACGUUGGAAAUCUACUUCUGUGCUUUAUAUUUUUAAAUGCCAUAUCCAUAUUAUAAUUUGAAAUUCCUUUUUAAAUGAAAUGUGUAUUUAUCAAUACACUUUCAACAUAUCCUGAUCUAUAUAUUCUGCAGAACAAUUGUAGAAAACUACCAACCAUGUAACCUCUUUAUAUCAGUGUAUGUUAUCUUUAAAGAGCCUUAGUAUGCAUCACCCUGUAUAUCUCUAGAAUGGAACUUUAUUAAAUUAAAAUUCAAUACAGUUUAAUGUCUUUCAUGUGUUCAUUGGUAAUCCACUACAUUAGCAGGAUGCUUGGCCUCUGUGAAGGUAUGCUGUCCAC